AGCACAAGGCUAGCUUAAGCUGGAAUUGAUGAUAUGAUAAAACCAAAUCAAAUGCAUGCAUCAGCAAUCACAUCCACACCAAUACCUAAUUCCCAUUUCCGAUUCCAAUACAACAGGGCAGCUCCGAUUAGGGUUCGUCUCUGGGCCUCGAUUCUCAGCAUUGCCGCCGUGGCCAACAGAGCCAUCAUGGUCACCACCACCGCCGCCAGCAGCAGCAACAGUCGCGGUGGCGCGUUCACCACCCUCAAAGAGACCGUCACCUUCGAAAAGGAGAUCAAGAAGAGCAAAUUCAUCGCCCUCGCCGCUUCCGUCUCCGACGAACAAUCCGCCUUCUCCUUCCUCUCUCAGGUUAGGGAUGCUCGUGCUACUCACAAUUGCUGGGCAUACAAGGUGGGAGAUCAGUACCGGUCUAAUGAUGAUGGUGAGCCGUCUGGGACGGCUGGGAAGCCCAUUCAGUCAGCUAUUGAGUCUUCAGGAAUUGAUAGAGUAAUGGUGGUGGUCAUUCGGUAUUUUGGAGGUAUUAAGUUGGGGACUGGAGGACUAGUCAGGGCAUAUGGAGGAGUAACGUCGGAAUGCUUGAGAAAUGCCCCGACUCAUCUUGUGAAAUCGAAGGUAAGAAUGGGGGUAGAGGUUCCAUUUGAUCUUAUCGGCAUUCUAUACCAUCAGCUACAAUCUUUUCAAGCUGUAGACAUCAAACAAGAUUACGAGAUUGGUAAAGACGGUAUAACUAUGGUUACCUUUCAAGUUGAUUUUGACCGUGUUGAGAAAUUAGAGGAUGCAAUCAAAACCAACUGUAGCCGGGAACUAGUGUUCUAUAAGUGAUUCAAUCUUGGGUGGUGUAUACAAAUUUGUGACAUAGCAUUUUGAGACAGGUACAUUAAAUUUUCUUAGCCCUGCUUGGAUGCAAUCAUAUGCGACUUGUAUUGGCGAAGAUAUGUAGGAGUUACUGAAACAUCCAUAGCUUGUUCUGGUUAUUCUAGUUCGAAUUGACUAUUAACUUGUUCUUGAAAGGUGCUCAUUCACCUGAAUGUUGUAUUAUAGCACAGUCUCCAUUUGUAUAUGAAUAGAAAUAUACUUGUUGCUUACUGUAUGGUCUUCGGUGGAAUACUUUUAGCUGAGCUUAUUCGUUUUCUUUGCUGUCUCAUAUGUUCUCUUCUUGAAAUAGAAGUUUUGUGAGUGUUCAUUUCCAUUAGCUGUUUAAUACAGAUUCCAUUUAGAAUUGCCUGUUGUCAAACUUUUUGGCAUGGGUUUUAGGUUCUGUACGUCAUGCUUCAAUUCGAUAAUUAUGGGUUUAAUGGGUAGUUAUGUCUGUAUAUAUACUUAUAAAACAAAGCUAAUAUAGAUGA